AUGUGCGAUAUGGAUAAUAUGGAUAAUGAAAAAAUAUCAGUAAUUUAUGAAAGUGAAAAUAUAUCAACUUCCAAAAAAGGAUCCUAUGAAUUUCAAAGGAUCCUCGGUAUUUUGACAGGAAUGGGCUUUAGCAUAAAUGUUAUAAUCGGCAGCGGAAUUUUUGUGCUGCCUGGAGAUGUAUGGCGGUUAACAAAAUCGCCAAUUGUUGCCCUGGCCUUUUGGGUAAUUGGUGGAAUUAUCAGUCUUCUAGGUUGCCUGAUUUAUUCAGAGCUUGGUUCGUUUUUGCCGAGGGGGGCGGGUGAACUUAGGUAUCUCGAGGAAGCGUAUCCUCGUCCCCAUCGUGUCAUUGCCCAUGCCUUCAGCAUUGUAAUGAUAUUUGUAAUUCGUCCUACCGCCAUUAUUUCGGAUUCAUACGUUUGUGCCCAGUACCUUUUAUACCUGGUGCGAGGUGAUAAAAAUUCAACGGAGUAUUUAAAUCCUGACGGAUUUUUCACCAACCCUGAUUUCUUUGAAAUUCGGUUUAUAUCAAUUGCCAUAUUGUUUAUUAUAACAUUAUACAGAAUAAUAAUUGGUGCCCUACAAAAUCGAGGCGAAAACUUUAAUAAUGGCACAAUAAAUAGCUAUGAAAUUCCUGUAGAAAGCAUCGGAAGUUAUGGCGACGCCAUGAUAAAGGUUCUGUAUGCAUACGAAGAUAUUCUUAUAAAUAUAGCAUUUAUAAUGACGGUAAAUCCUGCCGACGCAACUUCUAAUUAUAUUGGCGACGCCAGUAAAGUAAUCGCUAUAUAUUUUGGGGAAGAUAUUGGUAAUAUUGGGGGAGAUAUUGGAUCCAGAAUUAUAGUCUACUCCUCAAUAACAGAGUUUAUACCUGAAAUCUUUGCCGAAUGGGGUUUAAAAUAUUUCGCUAAAUGGAGCUUCUUGUUUAAUACACCGACAAAAGCCCUAAUUGCACAAUUCUGUUAUUGUGCAAUUUUAAUUUUGUUCUUUCCAACAGGAACGAGCUUCUUUAUAUUUUUUGCUAAUACAACGUCGUACUUAACAGCGAUAUAUUACGGUGCAUGUGCAGUUGGAUUAAUUACCCUACGGAAAAAAUUCCGGGGUGUUGGUUUUAAAAUACCUUUCAAUUUACAUGUAGUAUUUUUGAUAUUCAUUAUUUUAGUUUCAAUUUGUUCGUUUUUCCCACUUCCCGCGACAGAAGAAAGACCUUUAUAUUUUUUACCAUAUGUUGUUUCAUGGGCUUCUAUAAUUAUCGUAGGCGGUUUAAUUUAUUUGUAUAAAAAUAACAAAGCCAAACAACAACAAUUACAACCUGAAAAUCAAUAA